UCCGGAGGAAAUAAAGAGGAUGGGAACGAGCAGUAUAGGAGGGGCAGUUCGGUGAGCGCCUCAGGAAUCUACGACAGGGCGAUAUUAAUGUGCCCCAAGAAUGCAGCGUACAGGACUAAUCGCGCCGCCGCGCGUUUGUCGGGCUCAAGGAAAGCUUGUGAGCGCUGUGAAUGGCGUCUAGAAGCGUUGAAGAUCGAUCCUUGGUUCGAGCGAGCUCGACCAGAGAUUGGCCCUCCUGCUGCUAGGACAGGCCUGUGCGAUGCAACGGCGGAUGGAGACGUGGAACGAGCGGCGCUGAGACGAGGAUCCAAUGGCUGCUAUUGUAUCGAGAGGCCCGAUUCAUCUCCGUUGCUUAUUGCAUCGCGGGCAGAAGCCUUUCUCCGCCUCCAUCAUCUUGACGAGGCCGAUUCCGCUAUCUCGAGUGCUGUCAAGCUCGAGAGCUCGUCCCCUUCUUGCUCAUUGACCAAGUUUUUUGGUAUGCUAUCAAGUUCUUAUCUGCACAUUGUUCGUGCUCAGAUUGAUGUAGCGUUGGGCAGAUUUGACAGUGCAGUUGCUUCUGCGGAGAAAGCCAAGCAGAGCGAUCAUGUCAACAUUGAUAUUUCGAAGAUACUGAACAACGUGAGACUCGUAGCGAGAGCUCGAGCACAGGGGAACGAGCUUUUCAAUCAGGGGAAGUUUGCCGAGGCUUGUAUUGCAUAUGGAGAAGGGCUUAUGUAUGAUCCCUCGAACUCUGUUCUCUAUUGUAAUAGAGCGGCUUGUAGAUCGAAGCUUGGACAGUGGGAGAGGUCGAUCGAUGACUGUAAUGAAGCGCUCAAGAUUAAACCAAACUACACUAAAGCUCUUUUGAGACGAGCAGAGUCAUAUGAAAAGCUCGAGAGAUGGGCUGAAUCAGUGAGGGAUUACGAGGUCCUAAAGAAUGAGCUACCGGGUGAUGCUAAGGUGGCUGAAGCGCUUCUUCAAGCUCAAUUGGCAUUGAAGAAAUCGCGAGGUUUUGAUACGUGGAAUGUGAAGUCAGGAGAGCAGAUUAAGGUGAUUACAGGGAUGGAUCAGUUCCAUGCUGCAAUUACUUUACCAGGAGUAUCAGUGGUUCAUUUCAUGGUGGCAUCGAACCAGCAUUGCACCGAGAUAAGCCCAUUUGUCAAUGUUCUAUGUAACCGAUACCCGUCUGUAAAUUUUCUCAAGGUGGAUGUCAAUGAGAGCCCGGUUGUUUCGAAGAUGGAGAAUGUGAAGGCAGUGCCGACGUUUAUGAUCUACAAGAAUGGGAUAAAGAUGAAGGAGAUGAUCUGCCCUACACAUCAAAUGUUAGAGUUCUCAGUGAGGCAUUAUGGAAUGUGAUUAUAUAAAAUGUCAAGCGAGUAGGGUUCUUUUGAUAUAUUCUUGAAGGGUAGAUAAUAUUGAAAGAAGAAAAAAAAAGCCCUAUCCUUGUUAUUGCGAGUGCAUACAAAAUGACAAAAAGUACCCCAAUUUGGCACAAGCAUUGGGGGAGGGGUAUUUCAAGGGUUAUGCCCUUUUUAAGUAUCUUUUCAUUUCUUACACGUUUCCUUGACUAGUACCUUACCCUUUGCUCGCUUAUUCUUUCCCUUGGUCUUGUUCGGACCCUUGGACACACCAACAAACAGUCCUGACUCUCUCAGACGUUUCCCUGUUCGAUUCACUGAGGAGGGAAAAUGGCUGAUUUUUACCAUGUACAUAUACCAUUUACUAGAAAGUGGGAAAGCCAUUGGGAGAUUGGAUUUUCCUAGUAAUGAUGAGAGAGAGAGAGAGAGAGAGAGAGAGAGAGAGAGAGAGGGGAUCUUGUCGGUGCUAGUGCUACUGGUAUAUGCUCUGCCAUUUUAUGAAUAAAAAUAUUUCUGAGUUCUUUUAUCA